AUGCUCCCCAUUACCGAAUUCCAGUUUGCGUUCUGCGGGAUCGCAACCUUUGCGGCCACCUUCGGUUACGCAUGUGCUCGUAGAGCCUCCUCCCUGAGCGCUCAACCAAGCCGCGUCGAUGUCGAACCCGAGGAGAAGUCUCUCAAACGUAAGCUCGAUGAAUCAGAUGCCGAAUCCGAGGAAGAGCAGGAGAGACCCGUCAAAAGGAGCAGAACGCCUCCCAACGACCACGAGGAGGAAGAGUGGGAAGUUGUCAUCCCACCUCCUUCAUAUCAAGAGGCCCAGAACGCGGCACCCCAUCCUGAACCACUUGUUCGACAAGAAGUGUCCACAAUUUCUCAAGUUGGGAUCGCGCAAGUCGAAGAAGUUGCUCCAAGCGUUGAUGAGCCGGCUCCAGAAGCACAUAUUCCAUCGGCUAUCGUUGUUAACGAAAAUGUUCAGCCAGUCGAACCACAGGAGGCUGAGUCACAAACCAAGCAUCCCGAGUAUCAGUCACAAUCAUUGAGGACCAAUGAGCCCAGUGAGCCUCGCCCCGUUACGCCGCUGCCGCCGGCUUCCAAAUCAGUCACACUUGGGCCGAACAUCACUGCAUUCUCAUCUUUCGCAAACACCAAAUCUCCUUUCACCAAGUAUUCCAACACUCCCUUCCCGUCAUCUACAUCAGCGUUCGCACCUGCUUGGAGAUGCGGCGAAUCUCGUACUCCAAACUUUCCUGUUGAUAAUGCACAUGUGCCGUGCCCGAAUGAUAAUGCGCUCUCGCCCUCUCCAAACGAAGUUGCUGAGACAUCUUCAGCUGGUGCUCUAGGUGACCGUGCACAGGCAUCCACAUCAUCAAAAGUAUCAUCACUUGUAACCGGCGAGGAAGAUGAAUCCGUCUCCUCCGAGCUCAAAGGUGUCAAAAUUUUCAUAAAGCGCGGACGCAAAGAGUUUACGAAUGGUAACUUUGGGCAUAUCAAAGUCCUGACGCAGAACGAACGCACACGCUUGCUAUUCAGACGGGACCCCCUGGGCCAGGUGUCGAUGAAUGUAGCCUUGCGGUCUGCGGUGCGGUGCCAUUAUGAUACAGGGGAAAAUAUUCUCCGAGUCGUACUGAUGGAGCAGGUCGCUGUUGAGGGAAAGGAACCGAAAGAUGAGGUUGUGAUUUAUGCCCUCAAGCCGGGGCGUGCAUCGAAGGCCGACUUUAAGGUUUUUGCUGAAACGCUCUGCGCAAACGAGUCUCUCAAGGCGGCGAUAUAA